AAGUCUUACGUCUGAUUUUGGUGCUUCCCAAACAUUUGCUUUCUAGUCUUAAAAAGUGGUUUUCCUCCUAUCUUAGAUAAAAUUUCUCUGUUCUCGACUGAUUUGAUUUCGGUGCAGUGCACCAAAAUCAUCGACACCUACGCAGAUUAGUCAAAUGUGAACGCUCGGAGAGAAGCCAGCUCAGUUCACCUUCACUUAAAAUACUCCAGAAACUACAGCGCAAUGGCCGAAAACAUGGUUGAGGAGGCCAUCGCACGACUGGACAGAAUGACGAACGACGUCCGACCCGUGCUGACCAUGGUAAACCAGGCACUCGAGGUCAUCGUCGUGGUCACGGAGAACCUCGUUCAGCAGGGCUACAUCGGGGUCGAGAGCGGACUAGGGAGGCUGCUGACCUUUUUGACAGACUCGAAAAUUCUCUUCGAGUUCGGAGCCACCGUGGAACAACUCAUUCUCGUUUUGCGUUUGUUCCUCGAGGGAGUCCGGCAGGCCAUCAAGUUGUACCACAUGUUCACGGAGUCCGAGCUGGGCAAGGCCAUCAUCAAGUUUUUCAAGGAAUUGAUGUCUUCCCAGCUUCCGAGAUACGCUGCCAUCGGUAUCUGAACUUCAAUUUAUUCACGGGACUCUCUACUUCACAUAAAAAUCUGGUUGUUUGGACUUAUUACUCAGACUUUUUAUAUUUUGCCUAGUGUGAGAUCAGCAUUAAUUUAUUUUUAGAUUAAUUAACUACAAAGAAAAAUUUUCUUAGCUAUGUUACAAAGAAAUUUCGAUAUCAUUUUCAACAUUCCAUAUUGGAAGAAAAUUCUAAAUUAAAUGUUAAUCUGUUUCACUAAAUAGAUUUUUUAUAUUUAUUAAUUUUCUUAACUACCUUUCACGUUGAAGGACAAGUUGCAGCUAUUUUACAAAAUUUGAUGUUUUUUUUCCAUCAAAAUGACAGUGAUCACAAAAAUGAGAAACUCUUUUCAAUAAUUUAAUUCAAGAUUUUUGUUAAAAAAAAAGGAGCAGACUACUUUACUAUUGACUAAUUAUAAAGAUCAUAUAGAUUUUUAAAUAAGCAUCACAGGUAUUUAUUUUUUUUAUUUUCUUGGUAGAAUUUCUUCAAGGAAUUUAUUUAAAUUAUACAGAUCAUUAUUAUGACAAUGCCUUGCAUAACAAAACACAAAUCAAAUGUGUAAUUGUUGAUAAUAAAAAUUAUUUAGAAAAUAACAAUAAA